UGUGCGUUCGGUAGCAACUGUUUCCUUACACAAACAAAUGAACUGAUGUACGAGCUUCAAAUGGUGAUUCAUGUUUGGGCUUGGAUUUCAUCUCACUUUGGCUCCGAUCUACCAGCCAUAAUACCAAAUUCCUGGGACGGUUGUGAUUGUCCCCGUUCCUGUGACCGCCAUGCCUCCAAAGUUGUUUUUGUUCCUUCAGGCGUACUGCACUUACGGAGAACGUCCUUUCUUGAUCUGCAAAUCUUCCUCACCCGCUUUAUUCGUAUUAUUAUUAUUACCAAUAGAAUGGCAAAAUACUACUGA